AUGCAUAGCAAGUGGUAUGGAGUACUUAGUUAUUUCCAGAAGAAUCUACCAUAUUGGAAAUCAUCUAAAUACUAUCUUUGGACGAAAUUUACAAUUGCAAGUGGAGUUGUUGGCAUUGGGAUUGUAAGCUUAGCUGUACCUGUAUAUGCAUCAGACUUACAAGCUCAUCCUGCAAAACUACCUUGGAUACACAAUGGGAUAAUAUCUUCUUACGAUCAUGCUUCUAUGCGUCGAGGUUAUCAAGUAUACAAAGAAGUGUGUAGUGCUUGUCACAGCUUGAAGUAUAUGAGCUAUCGACAUUUAGUCAAUACAGUACUCACAGAAGAUGAGGCUAAAGCGGAUGCAGCUGAACAUAUGUAUCCUGAUGGACCGGACGAUAACGGAAAUAUGUUUGAACGACCAGGUCGGUUAACUGAUGUACUUCCAUCUCCUUAUCCGAAUAAAGAAGCAGCGCGUGCUGCUAAUAACGGCGCAGAACCACCGGACCUGACAUAUAUUGUCAAAGCUCGGGAGGGUAAUGAGAAUUAUAUAUUCCAUCUCCUUACAGGUUAUAUGGAUCCUCCACCAGGUCGUAUAGUUUCAGAUGGACAAUAUUAUAAUCCUUAUUUCCCUGGUGGUGGUAUAGGUAUGGCAAGAGUAUUGUAUGAUGAUUUAAUUGAAUAUGCUGAUGGAACACCUGCUACAACUAGUCAAAUGGCAAAAGAUGUAGUAACAUUUCUUUGUUGGACUUCUGAUCGAACUCAUGAUGAACGUAAACGUGUUUUACUUAAGGCAAUAGUAAUUACGAGCGUUGUGUUAGUAAUAAUGGGGAUAUACAAACGGAAACAUUGGUCAGAUAUAAAAACUAGGAAGAUUAUCUACAAAAAUCGACCAGUGCCGAAGGAUGUUUAG